UGGAUCUGGCUAAUAUUUGAUUUUUUUCUCCCCACUGUUUUUUCUUUCCUCUUUUCACCCUGACCCUUUUCUCCAAUACUCAGGUAUUUGAGGUUCCACUAAAAUAUGGAACUUGAUUUUGGACAUUUUGACGAAAGAGAUAAGGCAUCCAGGAACAUGCGAGGCUCACGGAUGAAUGGGCUGCCUAGCCCCACUCACAGCGCCCAUUGUAGCUUCUACCGAACCAGAACCUUGCAGGCACUGAGCAAUGAGAAGAAAGCCAAGAAGGUACGUUUCUACCGCAAUGGGGACCGCUACUUCAAGGGGAUUGUGUACGCUGUGUCCUCUGACCGUUUUCGCAGCUUUGAUGCAUUGCUGGCUGACCUGACUCGGUCUCUGUCUGACAACAUCAACCUGCCUCAGGGAGUGCGUUACAUUUACACCAUUGAUGGAUCCAGGAAAAUCGGAAGCAUGGAUGAACUUGAGGAAGGGGAAAGCUAUGUUUGUUCCUCAGACAACUUCUUUAAAAAGGUGGAGUACACCAAGAAUGUCAAUCCCAACUGGUCUGUCAAUGUGAAGACAUCUGCCAACAUGAAAGCCCCCCAAUCCCUGGCUAGCAGCAACAGUGCCCAGGCCAGGGAGAACAAAGACUUUGUGCGCCCCAAGCUGGUGACCAUCAUCCGCAGUGGGGUGAAACCUCGGAAGGCUGUGCGUGUGCUUCUGAACAAGAAGACAGCCCACUCUUUUGAGCAAGUCCUCACUGAUAUCACUGAAGCCAUCAAACUAGAGACUGGGGUUGUCAAAAAACUCUACACUCUGGAUGGAAAACAGGUAACUUGUCUCCAUGAUUUCUUUGGUGAUGACGAUGUAUUUAUUGCCUGUGGUCCUGAAAAAUUUCGCUAUGCUCAGGAUGACUUUUCUCUGGAUGAAAAUGAAUGCCGAGUCAUGAAAGGAAACCCUUCAGCCACAGCUGGUCCAAAGGCAUCCCCAACACCUCAGAAGAGUUCAGCUAAGAGCCCUGGCCCCAUGCGCAGGAGCAAGUCUCCAGCUGACUCAGGUAACGACCAAGACGCAAAUGGAACCUCCAGCAGCCAGCUCUCUACCCCCAAGUCUAAGCAGUCUCCCAUCUCUACACCUACCAGUCCUGGCAGCCUCCGGAAGCACAAGACUCAGUGUGAGAUGGGAAAGGCAAAAUUCACCAAUGUGGCCAACUGCAUCACAGAACCAUAG